AAACGCACAUCGCUUCUGGUCGUCUUCCUGCCUCCCUCUCCUCGUCCUCCCCCUCGCCGAGCUUCUCCUCUCGCCAUUUCCUCCCCGAAUCACCGCCGCCCAAAUCCACCGCGGCAAACCCCUCUCCCCCCGUGCUCGUCGAGCAAUCCGGAGCCCUCCGUGCGAAGAUUCCGCGGAGCAGGCCGCUGUCUCCCCCCUCGUCUCCGACUCUCCCGCCGUAUCGCUGCGGCCAGCAGCCUGAAUCUCGAGGCCGACCAGCUCGCAGGGGCUCCAGGGGCGGAUAACGUUCCCUCUCGGCGUCCCUGCGGGUCGGCGGCCCGAAUCCGUUGCUGGAGGGAGCCCGGGGGCUGCUGGAGCUCGCUCCUCCGGAUAAGAUCGGAGCAGGGAUUGGUGGGGCUCGCUGGGUAGGGCCCGGCCAUGGCGCUGUUCCGCAAGUUCUUCUUCAAGAAGCCGCCCGACGGGGUGCUCCUCAUCACGGAUAACAUCUACGUUUUCGAUCAUUGCUUCUCCUUGAAUGCACCGGAAGAGGACCAGUUCGAGGCACACACCAGAGGCAUCGCAGCACAUCUUCUAGAAGACUUCCAUGAUCACUCAUUCAUGGUCACGAACUUCGGGACUCGGGCAGAGGAAAGCCGCUUAUACCACAUUUUAUCCGAGUAUGGCAUGACUGUUUUGGACUACCCGGGCCACUACGAGGGGUGUCCACUUCUCACCAUCGAAAUGGUCCACUGCAUCCUGAAGUCCAGCGAAAGCUGGCUCUCUCUGGGCCAGCACAACUUACUCAUAAUGCACUGCGAGCAAGGGUGCUGGCCUAUCCUGGCUUUCAUGCUAGCCGCUCUCUUGUUGUACCUGGGCCAGUAUUCAGAUGAGCAGAAAACACUGGAUAUGCUCUACAAACAAUCAUCUUCCGAGUUCUUGGAGAUGUUCUCACCUCUAAAUCCCAUGCCUUCUCAAAUUAGAUACUUGCGGUAUAUUUCGAUGAGGAAUGUCAUGCCUGAGUGGCCUCCCGCUGAUAGAGCCCUCACACUGGAUUGUCUGACUUUGAGGAUGCUUCCUGAUUUUCAAAGUCAAGGUGGUUUUUGUCCGAUAUUCAGGAUAUAUGGUCCAGAUCCACUCAUGCCCCAUGAUCAGACUCCCAAAGUUCUUUUUUCAACCCCCAAAACUAGUAAUCUUGUCCGUUUUAAUUCACAGGCAGAUGAACGGGUGAACAUAAACCUUCAAUGUCAUGUCCAAGGUGACGUUGUCAUAGAGUGUAGCAACUUGUAUGAUGAUCUAGAUAGCGAGGAGAUGGUAUUCCGGAUCAUGUUCAACACCGCUUUCAUCAGGUCAAACAUCUUGAUGCUCAGCCGUGAUGAAAUAGACAUGUUAUGGAAUGCGAAAGAUCAAUUCCCGAAAGAUUUUCGAGCUGAGGUUAUCUUUUCUGACAUGGAUGCAACUACUUCGCUUGUUACGACAGAGCCUUUGAGUCAUCAAGAUAAACAAGGACUUGGUGUUGAAGAGUUUGCUAAAGUGCUAGAUAUCUUCAACCAUUUGGACUGGUUGGAUGGGGAUAUGGAUACUGCACUGGACACACCCCAGAAAAGGUUCCAGGUUACUUCCCAAGGAAAUAUUAAUGCAUCUCCUCCUGAUGAGCCUGAAACCUUUUUUGAUACUCAAGAAGAACUUGGCUUUGAUAAUUUCUCUGGUGAAAUCAACUCUUCUGCUCGUGUGCUGAAGCUUCAAAAUCACUUUGGUAUGCUUGGCAGCACUGAACUUAAACAAGGCCCCCCACAUUCAAGUCCAACGGAAGUUCCAUCCAAACCACAUAGAAUAGAUUUGGAUCCUUCACGAACAGAGCCUCCUCCGGUGUUGUUUUCACCAUCAGAGGUUACAAAGCCAAAGGCUAGUGCUUCAUCAGUAGCAACAUCUUCAGUUACAGUUACACCCCAGCCUGUAUUUUCACCAGUUCAACCGCAGCCACUGCCAUCUGAUUCUGCUGUGCAAAUUUCAUCAGAGGCAUCAGCGACAACAUCUGCAGGGAAGCCUGGUUCACAAACUCCAAUACAGCAUGAACCUUCACCUCUUAUGGUAACUAAAUCAGGAUCAUCAACAUCUUGGAUACCAUCAUGUGCACCUCCUCCGCUUCCUCCCCGACCGACCACUGUUUCAUUAGCCCCUGUUCCCCCUACCUUACCCAUAAAUACUAGUACAAGUCUGAUCAGUGUUUCCCUUAAAUCAACCAUGCCCUCCCCUUCACCUCCUCCAGAGCCAUCAGCCUUUGCACAAGCUUUUGCAACGGAACAACUGGUUAAAUCACAAGAAUCUUCUUACGAGAUUCUCAAGUCACUGCCUGAUACUUCUACAGCUUCAGCUUCUUCAGUUUGUAUACUAAAGGAAUCUAGUACCCCUAAAGCAUCUUCACUGGUGACGUUGCCUGCAAUUCCUCUGAAUUCAGACUCAGGGCCCUUAGUAACUCCAGUCACAAGAUCAGAUCUUAACCCAGCAUCACCGCUCCCACCACCACCACCGCCACCUCCCCCUCCUCCUAUAAAAGCAGCCACUGUGUAUGAACAGGAGACAAGCAGGAAAGAAAAGGUUGCACCACCUCAGCUUCCACCCCCACCACCUCCACCAGCACUGCCACAAGCACCUUUUGAAAAUGCUACACAGUCGUUUACUACGUAUGAAAUUUCUUCCCCACCAGUUCGAUCUUCACCACCACCCCUGCCCCCACCACCACCUCCCUCAUUGGUAAGCAGAAAAGAAACGGUUACACCAGCUCAGCCUCCUCCUCCGCCACCUCCACCAGCACUGCCACGAGCACCUUUUGCAAAUUCUUCUACACAGUCGUUUACUGCGUAUGAAAUUUCUUCCCCGCCAAAGAAAGUUCGAUCUUCACCACCACCACCACCGCCACCACCCCCCUCAUUGGUAAAAUCAUCAUUUUCUCCUCCACGUGCACCGCCGCCACCACCCCCACCUCCUCCACUACCUAAUAACCAUUUAGUUUCAUCAUCUCAUCUGCAGUUUGCUGACAAAAAGGUCAGUUCAGCAUCAAAAUAUGCGGUUCCAUCACCUUUGAGCCCCAACUUUUCACAAACAGUUCCAAGGCUGCAAGCACCAACCAUUCCACCACCACCUCCUCCUCCACCUCGAAGUAGCUCGUUGGUUUCUUCAUCUCCAUCCACAAGUGGUAGACAUUUCAUGGCUGCCCCUCAUCCUCCCCCACCUCCCCCACGAUUGCAUACCAUGGCAUCUCAUGUAUCGGUGCCACCUGCACCCCCGUUACUCGUUGCUGCCCCUCAUCCUCCCCCACCUCCCCCGCCAUUGCAUACCAUGUCAUCUCGUGGGUCAGCACCACCUGUACCCCCAUUGCCUCCUCCGAAGCUAGCUGGGGCCAGCAAUGCUUCACAAAAACAAUCAGUAACCCGACCACCGCCACCUCCACCAGGCCCACCUCCUAAGAAUUCUUCAAACUCUUUGCCAAGCAAAGGAACCGUUGUCAGUGCUGCCCCUCCCCCGCCUCCUACAUUAUCAUUUGGUGCAAAGGGCCGCAGCGCAGUCCGGUCAAAAAGCCCUAGAGGUUUGCGUGCCAACCAGCCAUCCAAGAGGACACCUCUGAAGCCAUUACACUGGGUAAAAGUGUCAAGAGCAACACAGGGAAGCUUAUGGGCAGAUACACAGAAGUCUGAUGAAGCAUCUAGGACUCCGGAGAUUGAUCUGUCUGAGCUUGAAAGUCUUUUCUCAGUAUCCAUGCCAAGUAUGGAUGCAAAACGGACACGCCAACGUCCUCCUGUUGCAUCAAAACAAGAAAAAGUUCACUUGAUUGACCUCCAGCGUUCAAAGAAUUGUGAAAUUAUGCUGCGGAACAUUAAGAUGCCAUUGCCUGAUUUGAUGGCUUCAGUGCUUACCCUUGAUGAUUCCAUCGUUGAUGGUGAUCAAGUAGAUUAUCUGAUAAAGUUCUGCCCAACUAAGGAAGAAAUGGAACUGCUCAAAGGUUAUACAGGCAGCAAAGAUAAUCUAGGAAAAUGUGAGCAGUUCUUCUUGGAAAUGAUGAAAGUGCCAAGGGUGGAGUCAAAACUGAGAAUCUUAUCCUUUAAGAUAAAGUUUCUUACACAGGUUGCAGACGUGAAAAAUAACUUGAAUACCAUUAAUGAUGUUGCUGAAGAGGUUAGGAACUCUGACAAGCUUAAGCGAGUGAUGCAAACAAUUCUUUCCUUGGGGAAUGCAUUAAACCAAGGAACUGCAAGGGGUUCAGCCGUUGGAUUUAGAUUAGAUAGUCUUCUUAAGCUCAUUGAUAUACGGGCACGAAACAAUAAGAUGACUCUCAUGCAUUAUUUGUGCAAGGUUCUUGCAGGCAAGCUUCCUGAAGUUCUUGAUUUUGUUAAGGAUCUUGCGCAUUUAGACCCCGCCACAAAGAUCCAAUUGAAAGACUUGGCGGAGGAAAUGCAAGCGAUAACUAAGGGACUGGAAAAGGUUGAGCAGGAACUGGCAACAUCUGAAAAAGAUGGUCCAGUGUCUGAGACGUUUUACAAGAAACUGAAGGAAUUUCUGGCUGAUGCCCAAGCUGAAGGGAGGUCAUUAGCUUCGCUUUACAGUACAGCGGGCAAAAGCGCGGAUUCUCUAGCACAUUAUUUUGGUGAAGAUCCUGUGCGGUGUCCAUUUGAGCAAGGUUUAAACAACCCCUCUCAGCUCUUUCGUAGCAUAUCAAUCUUUGCAAACUUUGACCAAGGCAUAAAGAAAAAUAUCUACACCCAGAAUACCAAAUACAUACAUACAUUAGAUACAUGAUGAAGCAUAUUUUCAUAUUGUGUAUGUUUGGUUGCUUUCACCGGCAAGGACAUUGAAUUCUCCGACUGGAAGGGCGACAUCCUCGCCGUCGCGGUCACGGAGAAGGAUCUGUACAAAGGCUCAGACUCCAAAUUUGAGAAUGCUGUGCUGAAGAAGCUCGACGCCCAGCUCAGUGGUCUCCUGUCUGAGGCCUCAGCCGAGGAGGAUUUCACCGGGAAGGCCGGGCAGUCGGUGGUUCUCCGCCUCUCUGGGCAGGGCUUCAAGAGGGUGGCUCUGGUUGGCCUCGGCCAGAGUGCCCCAUCCACCGCCGCGGCUUGCCGGGGUAUCGGUGAGUCCGUUGCAUCGGUUGCCAAGUCUGCUCAGGCUAGCAGCGUUGCUAUUGUCCUUGCAUCCCCAGCUGGGAUCCAGGAAGGGUUCAAGCUCAACGCUGCCGCGGCAAUCGCUUCUGGAACCGUGCUUGGCUUGCAUGAGGACAGCAGAUUCAAGGCUGAGUCAAAGAAGGUGCAUCUUAAACAAGUAGAUCUUAUUGGACUGGGUUCUGGUUCAGAGCUGGACCAGAAACUUAAGUAUGUGAAUGAUCUUUCCUCGGGCGUGAUUUUCGGGAAAGAGCUUGUCAACGCACCUGCAAAUGUCCUUACCCCUGCUGUACUUGCGGAGGAGGCAUCAAAGAUUGCUUCUGAAUACAGUGAUGUAUUCACUGCCACAAUAUUAGAUGUAGAGAAAUGCCAGGAGCUAAAGAUGGGCUCCUACUUGGGAGUUGCUGCAGCUUCUGCAAAUCCUCCUCACUUCAUCCACUUGUGCUACAAACCCGUUGGCGGCAAUGUCAAGAGAAAGCUGGCUAUUGUUGGGAAGGGUCUAACUUUUGACAGUGGAGGCUACAACAUUAAGACUGGACCAGGCUGCAGUAUUGAACUGAUGAAGUUUGACAUGGGAGGUUCCGCAGCAGUAUUUGGUGCAGCAAAAGCUUUGGCCCAAAUCAAGCCUCCUGGAGUAGAGGUUCACUUUAUUGUUGCUGCCUGUGAGAAUAUGAUUAGUGGCACAGGAAUGAGACCUGGUGACAUUUUGACUGCCUCUAACGGGAAGACAAUUGAGGUAAAUAACACUGACGCUGAAGGGAGGCUUACGCUUGCUGAUGCUUUGGUCUAUGCUUGUAAUCAAGGUGUUGACAAGAUUAUUGAUCUGGCAACACUAACUGGUGCCUGUGUUGUUGCACUUGGGCCUAGCAUUGCUGGAAUCUUCACACCAAGUGAUGAACUAGCCCAGGAAGUCACCGCUGCAUCUGAGUUAUCGGGGGAGAAGUUCUGGAGAUUGCCCAUGGAGGAAAGCUACUGGGAACAGAUGAAGUCUGGUGUGGCCGACAUGGUCAACACCGGUGGCCGACAGGGCGGCUCAAUCACCGCUGCCCUGUUCCUUAAACAGUUUGUCGACGAGAAGGUUCAGUGGAUGCACAUCGACAUGGCGGGGCCGGUGUGGAACGACAAGAAGCGUGCCGCCACAGGAUUCGGCGUGUCCACCUUGGUGGAGUGGGUCCUCAAGAACUCAUCAUCAUCCUGAAUGAACAUCCCCCCUGAUUUCCAUUGGUUCUGAUACUACGUCGGAAGGAAGCAACCCGAGUGGUGUUCAACAUCAUCUGUACCAGGGAAAAUUAAUGGAUUUUAUUUGCUUUUGGCUGGCGUAUGGACUAUGGAAUGGAGCGAUAUAAUAAGGAAGGGUUUCAUGGAGGAAAAUAAAACAGAAUGUCGUUGAACACUUCCCUUGAAAGAUUAAAUGGUGUUUCAUCGUUUUCA